GCCUCAGUUUUUUUCAAGUCCUGACACCAACUUAAAAACUCUGACAGGAGAGACAGUAAGAGUACUGUAAGAGAAGCUAAAUAAGGAUGAGUGGUGGAGAGACCGUUCGAGUGAAGCCAUGGUGCCCGGUCACCACAGAACCCAUCCUUCUGGUGGCUUUUAUCGGGCUCGUAGCCACAUCUCCUACCUACCAGCAGUACAUCUACAACGUGCUGGGCAACGGCACGCUUCCAACUAAUACCAGCAGCUGUGACGCCAACGUCAGCGAUCCGGCCUACCAGAGACAAAUCAAGGCUCAGGCAGAGACGUCCCAGUGGCAGCUGUACCUCACCCUGGCACAGGCCAUUCCUGCUGCUAUCUCCACUGUCGCGCUGGGGACUCUAUCGGACACGUACGGGCGGAAGAUGGGGCUUUUUGUGCCUCUGAUAGGCGGAAUGCUGAGCUCCAUAGCAGGAGCCCUGAUUGUGAACUUCUCCUUUCCACUGGAAGUCAUGCUAGCAGGGAACUUCCUCUAUGGUGUGAUGGGCGGCUGGACGGCAAUGUUCAGCGGCUGCUCCGCGUACAUCGCCGACAUCACGGACCCGGGCAAACAGCGCACGUUCCGAGUGGCUGUCAUGGAAAGCGCCGUCGGAAUUUCCUCUCUGGUCGGAGAAAUCGGGACCGGGUACUGGCUGAGCGGACGCGGCGUCCCACGAGGGUUCCAGGAAGUCACCUGGGCUAUCGUCGGUUGCAGCGUCUUCUGUGUUUUGUAUCUCUUCACUCUAAAAGAGACCAGACCAAGAGUGGAUAAUAAACAGACGCAUGACGUAUCCUGUACUAGCCAUUUUCGUAAGUGCUUUAACGCGUUUUACGAGAAACGCUACGACGGUCGGAGAAGGAAACUCUUGCUGGGGACUUUAGCGUAUCUCUUCGCAUUAGGCAGUAUGAUCACGGUUAGCACCCUACUCAUUUUGUACGUGCUAGCCACACCGUUUUGUUUCACAUCGGAUCUGGUCGGACUGCUGAAGGCGGCUACGGGAGCUACGUUCAUCAUGAGUCUCAUCUGCAUCCGUGUCCUCAACAACUGUGUGUCAGAGUUCGCCUUGAUGAUGAUAGCCUUUGUCUCCUUCAUCGGUGGUAUGGUUCUCCUGGCUUUCGCUGGCAACUUCAGCAACCCCAAAAUAGCGGUGUUCAUGGUCCCUGCCGUCAUGAUGUUCAGAGCCAUCAUUGCUCCAGUUCUGAAGACAAUCAUGUCCAGAGAGGUUUUACCAAGUGAACAAGGUACGAUAUUUGCAGUCCUGACGAGCAUGGACAGUGUGGGACAAGUGAUCUUCUCCCUUCUGUUCAACACCGUCUACUCCAGCACAGUAGCAUCCAUGCGGGGGUUCGUGUUUCUGUUGGGGGCAGGAGUUGGGCUGAUCGCAGCGGUUCUCAUUGGAAUCAUGCAGUACUAUGAACCAAAACGGGACUACAAGCCUCUGUCCAUACCUGAAGACAUGGAAGAAGAUUCAGGAAAGAACAUCAUUAAUAAAUAAGUAAAUGUGGCGUCGUGUGGCGUAACGGGCGUAACCAAGAGGUCCCGGGUUCGAACCCUGC